AUGUCUGAAGAAUUAACCAAGCAAACUGAGGAAUUAAACUUGGAAUCCAAGACUGUUUUCGACAACAAGGAAGAGUUCGAAGCCAAGCAUCCUUUGAAUAGCAGAUGGACCUUAUGGUACACCAAGCCACAAACCAAUAAGAGUGAAAACUGGCACGAUUUGUUGAAGCCAGUCAUCACUUUCUCUUCUGUUGAAGAGUUCUGGGGCAUCUACAACUCCAUCCCUGUGGCCAACCAAUUGCCUUUAAAAUCUGACUACCACUUGUUCAAGGAAGGAAUCAGACCAGAAUGGGAAGAUGAGCAAAACUCCAAGGGUGGUAAGUGGCAAUAUUCCUUCACCAACAAGCGUGAAGCCAGUGGUGUCAUCAACGAUUUGUGGUUGCGUGGAUUGUUGGCCGUUGUCGGUGAAACCAUCGAAGACGAAGAAAACGAGGUCAACGGUAUUGUCUUGAAUAUUAGAAAGCAAGCUUUCAGAGUCGGUAUCUGGACCAAGGAUUGCGAAGACAGCAAGUUAAGAACUGUUGGUGAAAGAUUAAAGAAGGUCUUGCAAUUGAGUGAUGAGCAAAAGGUUGAAUUCAUCUCCCACGAUGCCUCCAACAAGAAGGGUUCUGAAGCUCAAAUCGUUUUGUAA